GUUUCAAAAUCCCGCGUCUGUCACGUUUGACCUUUUGAAAAUAUGAAAGUCUUAAAGAUUUUCGAAAUCGUAAAAUAAUCCUGAUAUGUCUAGCAUAGAUGCCAUGCUUUUCAAGUCUCCAAAGCAUGUCAAGAAGCAAAGGUUUCAACCUUUUAUUAUCAAGAAAGGAAUUGUUAUGAGGGCAAAGCAGAGACAAAAGAUAGCCCUGGAACUUUCUAAGUCAAAAAAUGAUAGUACUAUGUAUAAGGAUCCAAAGCUCAUCAAGCUGAAAUCAAACAACAGAAGCCUUUCUCGAGCACUCACUGAACAGAAGAUUGAAAACAAAUGCUUAUUUGAUGAGAAGAUUCAGCUGCAGAAGGAGGUCCUUGGGAAACAUGAAGUGAUUAUGGCCCUUAGAAAUGAGGUUCAGGCACACGACGAGGACCUGACGCGGAUCAACGACGUGUUCCGCGGCUCGCUGCAGCUGCUGCUGACGCUGACCGAGCAGCUGAACGUGGGCUUGCAGAGAUGCGUGGCUAGCCGGCGGCGCAGCAAGUCUGUCAGCAUGGGCACCGGCGGCGCCCGCAGCAGCCGCUCCUCCAGCCUCGCCUCCGGGCUGGUGGCGCCGGGCACAGACGGGGUGCUGCUGUCCUCGCUGCCCAACGGCUCGGCCGGCCCCAGCAAGAAGUUGCACAAGGUGCUGCCCACGGUGGCGGGCAACGUCAUCUCACACCCGUCCAUCGUGCUGCCGCGCCUGCCGACCAGCUCAGGCUGGUUCGCGCCGCCGUCGGCGCCGGGCGCGCGCCGCGUCCCGUCCUCCGAGGACACGGACGACGAGGAGGAGCCUGAGGAGGAGCCGGAGCCCACGCCGCUGCAAGACUCGGGCGGCCGGCUGCCGCUGGCGACGCCGCUGGCCGACCUCUCCGUCAUCCUGGAGCAGUCGCUGCUGGAGCCGGACGGCCUCAGCCCGCUGCGCGAGGCGCUGGUGGUGGUGCCCGCCGAGGAGCGCCUCUCCGGCGACGAGGCGUGGCGGCGCCACGGCCGGCGUGCCGCGCCCGGCCUGGACACUUCCGUCGUCGUGUCGCGCAGGACGGCCGCCCGCAAUGCGGACGAGUCGAUCCUCGCGACGUGGCUGACGUCCUCCCCCGGGCUGAACGAGUCCAGCGUCGUAGCGCGGAAGACGGCGUCCCCCGACGCGGACGAGUCCAUCAUUGUAUCGCGCAAGGCGGUCGUCGUGGGCAAGGCCAUCAUUCCCCAGAAGGUGGUCUCCCCGGGCGCCGACCAGUCAGUUGUUUCACGAAGGGCAUCUGUGCCCAGCGCGGAUGAGUCCAUCAUCAUCUCACGGAAGACGCGGCGCGCCGGCGACCGCACCAAGACGGCGCUCGAGCCGGCGACGGAGCCGGACGCCGAGCCGGACGAGUCGGUGGUGAUCACGCGGAGGACGCAGGGCCGGCGGGGGCGCCGCUCGGCGGACCCGGACCGCUCCGUCGUCAUCUCGCGGCGCACCAGGACGAGCUGCGGUGUUCAGGAGCCGCUGCCGGAGCCGCCAGCAGCGCCGCCAGCAGCGACAGCUGAGCGGGCGGCCGCCGGCGAUGACGAGGCCAGCCCGAGCCCGGAAAUCAGCGUCAAGCAGCGCUACCGGCACCUGCUCGCCCAAAAGGCGCCGCGCGCCUGCACCCAGCAGCGGGUCGCGGCCACGUCGCUGGACGACCCGCUGGAGGGUCCCAGUCACCGAGUCUGGCUACCGGCGACGACGGCGGGCCAGCGCCCGUCGCCGGUGGCCGACACCAAGCUGGCGACUCCGCCCACGCAGGAGGAGCCGUCCGAGGCGGUUGUGGAGGUGCAGCCGGAGUGGUCCGAGGCGGCCGCACCGCCAGAUGCCCGGGAGGCACCGGUCGGGCCCGGUGGUGACGCCGAGUCUGGCACCGACGACUCACUAGAGCAGACCGCUGGUGGACGCCGCCGUCGACAACAAAUAUCAUACCGGGAGCCCAAUCUUCACAAGUGA